GACAUGUGUCAACAGAACUAAAUCAGCAUGUACAUAGACAGAUACGCCUGACUGUAUUCUUGCUAGCUAUAGCUAAUUCCAACGACAAUGUUACCAUUAGGAGCAGGUUGAUUUAGCACGAACUACAGAAUCUAUAUAUCUACCUAUCUGCUGCAAAAACAAAUCGCUCUAUUCCACAUUCCUGUUUAAGACCCGGAUGUUAUGGCUCCUACUAAGUGGGGUUUCCAUGGAAAUUGUCAACACUAAUACAAGUUGCCUUGGCUUUACGAACAAAGUAGUGUAUCUGCUGGCUAAAUGUAAUUAUUGGCAUGGAAACAAUGGACGUGGAUGAAUUGUUAACUGAAUGUCAAUCUAAAGGAUUUGACUGGUUAAAUAUUAGUAAUCGCGAACUGGUUGUACUACCCGUUGCCGUGUCAAAAUUAACACAUUUGAAAAGACUGCUACUAAACGACAAUCACCUCCUAUUGCCACCAAGCGAGAUUCUCGAUCUGGAGAAGCUUGAGGAGCUGGUGCUUGAUGGCAACCGUUUGACUGUGCUUCCCAGUACUAUAGGAUCCUUGAAACAUCUAACAUUUUUGGGUGUGAACCGAAACCCCCUAACCUUCCUGCCAGAGGCGCUGGGAGACCUCGCCGAGCUGAGGGAACUCUGGGCGGCUGCUUGCGGCCUCGUCUCGUUGCCGAGCUCCAUCGGCAGACUCGGACAGCUCAGGAAACUCGGUGCGCACAACAACAGCAUCUCAGCCGUUCCCUCCGAGCUUGGACUCCUCAGCAGGCUUCGGUGGCUGAACCUCGCCGGCAACCAUCUGCAAGACCUCCCCGAGGAUAUGAAUCAGCUGGAGUCUCUGGUUUUCCUGAAUUUGGACAGGAAUUACUUUCUGCAUGUGCCAAGGCCAUUAUCAGACAUGGCCAGUCUUCAUGUGCUGUCCAUGAAGUCCAACCAAAUCACAUCUCUGGCAGAUGACAUGAUCCUCGGAUUUAGCAGGAUGACAAAACUUGACCUCAGAGAGAACCCAUUUCGAGACAGGCCAAAACACUGGAAGGGUUUGGAUUUCAUUUUGCUGGGAGACGUGAAAGAAGUAGAAGUUACAGAUACCCAUAAAACUGUUUCAUAGACAGUAUAAUCUUAAAUUGUACAAACUACGAGACUGAAAGAUUGUAACUGUACGAAAGUCUGAUUAUUAUCACUGUAAGGCCAUUCCGUGCAGUAUGUUUAGACCAGGAACAUCUUGCAAAUUAAAAAUCAUUUCAAGUCAUGUCAAAAAAAAAAUUUCUUUUAAUUUUUAAGAGCAGUAUUUUACAAUGUACUACAUUUGAUCAUGUUUUACAGUGUAAUGGUAGGAGAUGUAGAUGAACAGUUUGAUGACACGUGAAGAGCAUAUACAGCCAUUGCCUGUGUAAAGGCCAUCAUUUCACACACCUCACUGCUCUUUCUUCAUCUGAUGUAAUGCUGUAUUUUUCAUUGUGAGCUUUAGAAACUAAGAACCCAGGGUGGCCUGGAAGGAAGUCAUGCAGUUCGCCCGAAAACCUUGUCAUUGCAUCAAUGAAAACAUAUCCUGUGAAGAGAAGAAAGAUAAGCUGUAAUAUACGUUUCCGAUCAUGUUGGCGUGGACACCAUGUGAGCACGUCUGCAAAGAAAGUAUGUUACACAAACUCUUUGUCACUUUUCAUGUGUUACUGAGUGUUACUGAGUUAAUGUGGUACAUGUUCAUUUCAAAUCUGUUAGCUUUAAAAAGUCUACAUUACCUGUGACCAUGUUAUUGACGGGGUACUGCUGUACAUUACAGCACUGGGAAGUUUGUUUCUGAGGUGUUGUCAAUACGUCAGCUUCUUGGCUUACAUGAAAUGAUUAAAAAUGUGUAAGUACACAAUUGAAUAGCUGACUUUUAUGUCACUAGUUGCAUUCUACUGUACAGUCACAUGUCUAAACGGUAAACACCCAUAGGCUAAUAAAGGACCUGUUUUCUAUUUUAGCCGAUGAAGAAAGAUGUUCUGUCCCCUGAAACACACAUAGCAGGUUAUUGCUCAAAAUUGAGCAAAUUAGGACCCCUAGUGGAACGAGCAUCAACUGAUCCAA